ACCCAAUCGCUGACUAUCCUGUUUCCCAUCGCCCAUAACUAUCGACCGCCCGUCCAUACGCAAGCCCGUAAGCGCCCGUGGGAAGAGACGGCUUCCAUCCACACUUCCGCUCGGGUCUGGUCUGAGCCAUGCAGCCGGUUACAACAGCUCCUUGGGGUCCGCCAGCACAGAAAGAGAAGCCGAGACAAGCCACCAGCACGAUCCUGUGAGCAUUGCAGCAUCGCCAAUUCUCCGACUCCCCAUUCCCUGAUAUUCUUCAUUUCCUUCUUUGUUUCUUCCUUUCUCAUCACCACCCACAGUGCGCCGUCUUCCCCAUUUAAAUUGAUCAAAUAGGCGUACGAGCAGCCACAACUCCAACAGAACUCUGCCGGGUCAUCCACGUCGCGGCAUCCCCACAUACUCACGCCAGGCUGACCGUGUGUGCUGCUUAGACUUACUGUUGAUUUCUGUUACUCACACCAGUGGCGCGACACCCCAUCAGCUCUCAUCAUGGCGUACUAUUAUCUCACCUCCCCUGGUCCUGUACACGAGCUAAAUCCCACAGCCUUGUGUCCUUUCUUUACGCCAUUCGUCAAUAUCUGCUCUGCUCUUAUUCUUGGACUCACAUGGCCCCCAAGGAAACCGCAUCCACACUGACCGCCACGAACUUGCCAAAACUCUGGUCUUGCAAACAUAUGCCCACCUCAUCCGUUUCGUCAAGAAUCCUUUGACGUGGCAACGAGUUGUCGCAGAUGUGAGUACGCCAUGUGGAGGCCUUCUAUGCAUGCAAGAGGCAUGGUCCAUCAGCAUUGUCGCAAGCGCCCGUCGUACUUUUUUUUUCUUGGUCGACAGCAAUUCAUCUAGGUAACUUGGACCAUCAACACUUCCUACGCCACUAUGUACCCUCGUCUGUUGUUGCUCAAGUCUUGACUCACUGCAAUGAUACAACAAUUAAACCCAGUAGAAACCUCAUCUCCUCCACUCAAGCCCAUUUGAUAAUGCCCUUGGUCAAAUUAGGAAGGCGGCGUGACUGCGCCGUACUGGUGCAUCUGGCUGGGUAUCGCCGCUCGCCCGCUCCACGCAGCAGCACGGCACCCAAUCCAAUCGAAUAUGACCAAAACUUACGAGGCGUGCAUGUGCACAAAAUCUCGUUUUCCACGCUGCAGCUCGUUUUGCAAGCGAUCGGUCAGGGGAACAGCCGCAGUGUCGGGUUGUUUUUGCGUAAGCCACGCAGCGACACCAAAAGUAGCUUUCCACAACUUAGAUCCUCCUCGUACGCAGCCAUAGCAGCAAACAGCAUAUGCAAAGCAGCGGGCGCUUAUUCCCGCCAUAUCUAUGGCACUUUUCUCGGUGCAUUGGCCGGCUUGCGGACUCUACAGUCUGCUCCUACAUUCUACAGCAAAGGCUGUAUUGAACGCCUUAAAAACAACAAACAUGGCUUGCAGCUCGUCACACGUCAAUCGUUGCAUCUUUGAGCAAACUUCCCAAAAUUAACGAGAUAUGCAGCAUGUUGGUGUAGUCAAAGCUCCGAGACAAACACAACAAUCCAACAAGUUGCAAAUAUCCACAAUGCGUGGUGAGGUUAUCUCGCGCGUAACACAUCCUUCUUUUCCUCGAAAACGGUAAACUGAUUACAGGAUUCUGAAGCGGCGUCGACUUACUUUUGGACCAACCUCACCGUUCGUCGGCAGCAAACGCACCCGGUUCCACAUCACUGCGGUGAAAGAAUAGUAUUCCUUCGUGGUUACAAUUGCUCUCUGUUGGACAAACGCGCACGCACUUGCAAUCACAGUCGGCCAUAUCUUGUAGCUUAUCUCAUACCAUUUCCGGGUUGACGUCGCCGAGUCGUCGUAGAUACGCAGUGCGGUUGCGGCGGAGAGGAAGUAUCCAACGACGCCCGUAACGGCGAUGAAACAUUGGGCGAGGACAAUCAAUCUGAAUUGUACAGUGGUGAACAUGUAUGCGCGGAGGGAUUCGUGGGCAUUUGCGGUCGAUGUGUUGAUUUGAUUCAAGAGGCUUGAGAAAGACGACGGCGUGGUUGAAGUGGGUGGAACAUUUUGCGUGUUUUGAGAAGUGCUUGAAGGAGUGGUCGUGGCUGUAGCUGUAGUGGUUGCAGCAGAGAGAUUCGAACCCGAUUGUUGGAUAUAUUUUAGGUAGUAUGUAACAAUACCGUAGAUGGGAGCGAGCAACAGUAUCAUUGGCAGGAUCUGCCCGAAAUUCAUCUCGUUCAGAUAAUCUGCAACGCACGCAGGGAGGUACCUGAAGCGCGGGAGAAAGAGCUGGAAAGAACUCCAUGCAAGAUGCAGGCCGACGAGGAAUUGCGAAAAGGCCCAUGAUCCCGUGACUUCUAUAAAUGCAAGCACGAACAUGUAGGCGCCAGUAAUGGCUCGGUG